AUGACUGACCUUGGUGGCCGAAACGAACCAAGAACUCUUCAAAGCAUCUCGGAAACACUUAUCAUCAUAUCCGAAGAACGAGCUGCCAACCGUGCGGCCAACGCCACUAUUUUUGGAGCGGGAGAACUCUCCGAGCAGGAAAGAUACAGCUUCCAUGACCUCCUGCACGAGUGGUGCAAUGCUCGACCUCUUUCUGGAAUAAACGCCCAGGCCAUCACGGAUCCAAUGCGAGAGUCUUUCUUUGAAAAGGUAUUCUUUGCCUGGGACUCGGAUGACAGCAUGAUCAUGAUGCCUGUCUUGAGCGCCAAGAAACUUCAAGAAACGUCUGUAGCCACCGGGUACUUCACCGAGAAUUUACCAGUCACGCCAGCAAAACGGAAGCGAGGACAAAAUUUCCAGACAAAUCCUCAACGAAUGGCAAAUUGCCCAGCCUACAUGAGUGUCAAGUUUGAGCCCAACUCGGAGGGCAAAGACUUUAAGAUUUCCUGGAAAGAUGAGGGCGGCUCGACCGUCAGUUCGGAGUUUGUCCGAUUCAAUACUGGAAUGUCCAAGGAUGAAGCUGUUGAGCUGGCGAUCACAAACUGGGACAAGCAUGAGAGGACCCGGGUUCAUAAGUACAACACUGAACUUAUCAUCGCGCUUGCGCGCAUGAGAAUUGUCCGGUUUGCACGUGAUGGAACUGCAAACCCUCUCUAUAUUCCUCAAGACCUCCGGGUUAACAAUCGCACUAUCAAAUGCAACCUCAUCAGCGACGAGUUCGACGCCUUCAAGGACAUGAUCGUUGCUGUCUCUGAACGACUGAACAAGAAGAAGAUCGGCCGUCCCUACCUUACCAUUAAUUGA